CAGCGCGGAGCCGGUGAACGUAGCGGCCACGCCGGCAAAGCGGGCUCUCUCUGUUGGGCGGCGAGCGCACCGUGUCCGGCCCUGUCCGGCCCUGUCCUACGCGGCCGGCCCGGCAGCAUGGCGGGCUCGGGCCCGAAGCGGCGCGCGGCUGCGGCCCCCGCGGCGGCCGAGGAGGAGGAGCGGCAGGCGCGGGAGCGGAUGCUGGCGGCGCAGCGCGCGGAUUGCGCGGAGGGCGAGGGUGUGACCCUGAAGCGCAACAUCACGCUGCUCAAUGGCGUGGCCAUCAUCGUGGGCACCAUCAUCGGCUCGGGCAUCUUCGUGACACCCACCGGCGUGCUCAAGGAGGCGGGCUCGCCGGGGCUGGCGCUGGUGGUUUGGGCCGUGUGCGGCGUGUUCUCCAUCGUGGGCGCGCUUUGCUACGCAGAGCUCGGCACCACCAUCACCAAGUCGGGCGGCGACUACGCCUACAUGCUCGAGGUCUACGGCUCGCUGCCCGCCUUCCUCAAGCUCUGGAUCGAGCUGCUCAUCAUCCGGCCCUCCUCGCAGUACAUCGUGGCGCUCGUCUUCGCCACGUACUUGCUCAAGCCGCUCUUCCCCACCUGCCCGGUGCCCGAGGAGGCCGCCAAGCUCGUGGCCUGCCUCUGCGUGCUACUGCUCACGGCCGUCAACUGUUACAGUGUGAAGGCCGCCACCCGCGUCCAGGACGCCUUCGCCGCGGCCAAACUGCUGGCGCUGGCCUUGAUCAUCCUGCUCGGCUUCAUCCAGAUCGGGAAGGGUAACAUAUCCAAUCUGGACCCCAAGUCCUCGUUUGAAGGCACCAAAGUGGACGUGGGGAACAUCGUGCUGGCGCUGUACAGCGGCCUCUUUGCCUACGGGGGAUGGAAUUACUUGAAUUUUGUCACAGAGGAGAUGAUUAAUCCCUACAGAAACCUGCCCCUGGCCAUCAUCAUCUCCCUCCCCAUCGUCACCCUGGUGUACGUGCUGACGAACCUGGCCUACUUCACCACGCUGUCCCCUGAGCAGAUGCUCACGUCGGAGGCUGUGGCUGUGGACUUUGGGAACUACCACCUGGGCGUCAUGUCCUGGAUCAUCCCCGUCUUCGUGGGUCUGUCCUGCUUUGGCUCCGUCAACGGGUCCCUCUUCACGUCUUCCAGGCUGUUCUUCGUGGGCGCCAGGGAGGGCCACCUGCCCUCCAUUCUCUCCAUGAUCCACCCACAGCUGCUGACGCCCGUGCCCUCGCUCGUGUUCACGUGCGCCAUGACCCUGCUGUACGCCUUCUCCAAAGACAUAUUCUCCGUCAUCAACUUCUUCAGCUUCUUCAACUGGCUCUGUGUGGCCCUGGCCAUCAUCGGGAUGAUCUGGCUCCGCUACCAGAAGCCAGAUCUGGAGCGGCCCAUCAAGGUCCACCUGGCUCUCCCGGCGUUGUUCAUCCUGGCCUGCUUGUUCCUGAUCGCCGUCUCCUUUUGGAAGACCCCCGUGGAGUGCGGCAUCGGCUUCACCAUCAUCCUCAGUGGCCUGCCUAUCUACUUCCUCGGGGUCUGGUGGAAAAACAAGCCCAAGUGGCUGCUGCAGGGCAUCUUUUCCACGACGGUCCUUUGCCAGAAGCUCAUGCAUGUGGUUCCCCAGGAGACGUAAGCGACAGGAUCUGAGAAGCUGCCGGAAAGAAAACGCAGAGAUUGUUUUAAACCACCCACCCCUUAGAAAGCGACUCCGGUUCCAUCAUCCAGGCAGCUCAGCUGGGGGCCCCCACUGUCCCUCCCCCAGGGUGGCGGCCGGGCCACUGUGAACCCUGGUACGAAUUUAGUCCCAGAAGACGGAUGUCCGUGGAUACCUCUCGAGCGUGGAGGCGGGAACGUUGGGCCGAGGAGGCCGCGGGGCUUCCUGCCGAAUCGGGCCUUCUCCCUUCUCACCUUUGUGUAUUUGUACUUUUUUUUAACUUUAUUUUAUUUUUUUGGCCGCGCCGUGCGGCACGUGGGAUCUUAGUUCCCCGAGCAGGGAUUGAACCUGUGCCCCCUCCAUUGGGAGCACCGAGUCUUAACCACUGGACCGCCAGGGAAGUCCCUUUAUUAUUUUUGUUUUAACUUAAUCUUAGGUCGCGUCGACACCACCAAGAUGAUUAUUUUUUAAAGAAACGUGUGUUGGCGGGGGGGGGGGCGGCGCGUCUUUUCUCCCCUAAUGCCACCCGUAGCACGAUGUGCCUCAGAGGGACCAGAUCCUGUCGCCAGAUUCCGGCACGUCUCGAGAACGGAGGGGUUCUGAGAACCCCCCCGAGAACCCUCUGGACGGUGGCCUGGACACAUGCGCUUGGGCUUUGCCGUUUCUCUGUUACCGUAGAUGUAGUGACUUUCGUGAAACUAACCCACGUGCUCGUGUCUCGUUGCCUUAAAGACCUGCGCUAGCUCCCUUCCCAACCCCAGAAAAGAAAGAACAUCUGAAUGAAAGGCUUGUAGAAGGAAAGGCCUUGGGCUGAUCGACAGUGGUGCCCUGGUGCCUGCCACGGGCAGGGGGAUCCGAGUGGAAGUCAGGGGCAGCUUGGAGACCCCGGACCUCCCACCGGGACGUGCAGAUCGGGGCCAGUUUGGGGGCUAGACCCUGUCACUCAGGACACCUUUGGGCUCCUGACUGUACAGUCCCUCCCUGGACACCAGCCUGAGCAAAGGCCAGAAGCUUCCAGCAGCUCCUAUGGUGGGCAAGUGGGCAGUGCUGUUUCAGGUCUGUUCUGCAUCGGUUUUGGAGCCAAGCUCUAGUCUUUUGAAAGCUUCACACUUGAAAUCUGGAAGCAGACGCGGUGACCCUUCAUGGGCUUCUCCUCUGUGUUCCCGCAAGGCAGCUCUCCCGGGCCUCGAGGGCUGGACGGCAGACCUGCCAGCUAUCUGGGGCUGGCUCUCAGCUGCUGGCCAAGGCACUGCUGUCCCCGCCCCUGUCACCUGUCCCAGGCUCGGGGAGCUAGAGUCCAGGCCUUGGCACUCUGACUGCACCUGCUCUGGAGGCCACCUGACUCAGGGGGUCUGGCUCCCGCUGAUACCAGCAUGGUACACCCACCCUCCCCUCCGGAGAGGCUGUGCUCGCAGGCUUUGUGUUUGUGGUUCCCAUAGCAUUUUCCCCAGGGGAGGCAGCCGAGGCCCAGAAGCUCCUCUGGCCUGGCCACCGGCUGGCUUUCCUGUGCCGUCACUGUCCACAGAGUCAGCUUGGGGAGCAGCGUCACCAAAGGUCAGAUCGGCUCCCUCCAGGCCCCUCUUAGGCGCUGGCGGCUCUGCCUUGGUCUCUGACCCCUGACCUUCCCACCAGGGGAAGGAUGAGACUAGCCCUUGGGCAUUGAGCCUCACUGCUCAGCUAUAGCCAUUUCCCAGGGGCCAUGUAAGCUCCGAGUGGCCAGUCCAUCCACUGCCACCCACCUGGGCUCCGGGGCCCCACAUGGUCCGAUGGGCCCAGAGAGACCUGACAAGCAGCUUGUUGCAGGGGGCCAGGCUGGGCAUUGAGGCCGAAACAGAGGUGGCCACGUGUCCACCCCUCCCUCUUCGUGCUGGUCAGGAGACCCCUGCCCGCCUGUAGCGCCUGACGUGUGAGGAGGACCGACGUCCACGGAAGUCUCCUCACCAACUCAGUUGUCCCGGGGCUGCAAACCACGCAUCUAGGGGCUCAGCUCAACGUCUGAAGGCAGAAUGUCAUCCAGGAGGUCAGAGACCUGGUUUUAGACUUUCUGUAUUGGGGCCUCAGUUUUCUCACCUGUAAAUGGGGCCCGCAGCUGCUGUACUACCUGCCUGGUGGGACUGUGCCCCUUCAGGAGGAGACUGGCCGUCGUAGCCACCGCAGCCCCUCGCACAGGGGGCGGGCAGGGUGCUGCCUGGGGUGCACUGCCCACUGCCUUUCCGCUGGGGUCCAGCAACCGCUGAGCAGAUUUUGGCCUCUUUCCCUCCAGGGUGUUGGGGCGACACUUAGGACGCAUCGUGGUCAGACCACUGGCUCUGGAUGUGACCUGGCAGAGUGCAGGGAGCCGGGUGUCCCUUUCCAGACUGCAGUGGCCUUCCCACCAUGUGCAUCUUGGGGAAGUGGGGUGGUGCCACCCCUGCAGGAGUGACGGGGUCCCUUUACGCACUGAAAGGUCAGAGGUAGUUCUGAAGCGUGGCUCUCCACAGCAUGUGGGAAGGCAGGUUGUGGGCCCAGGCUGUGAUUCUUGAGGCUGUGGGGUCCCGUGCAGCCCAGGGCCCCCGCUCUGCCCGCCACGCCCACCCCUUAGAAGGCAGGCGUGUCUGUGUUCUGGGGCAGAGACUCCACUCCUGACCACACUACUGACAAGUGUCCUGAGCGUUCACCUUCGUGGGUUACUUUUUUUUUUAAGCCACAUUUUGGCAUAACAAGUGUGCAGCCGUUCUGCUUUGUUUCGUCCUCACGUCUCACUAGUGUAAGGGAUGCUGUUGGCACCGUGUUUAUUUAUCGUGGGAGUGGCGUGCAGCCCAGCUGCUCCACGGGUCCCAGCCACGCCAGCCACCCACCACGAUGUCGCGCAGUGACGUGUGUGACUUCACGCCUCUCUCUUCUGCCAACCGCUAACCUGUUACAUGCUUGGCUGGUUCGGGAUGGGGAGUUCUGUGUUUUGUGGGGGGGUUGUUUGUUUCUAAAGAAUUAUAAGCACUGCUGAUGGUU